GGCUGGAGUGAGCCGAGUGGCAACGGCGGCGGCGCCGGCCCGCACGCGCGCGGCGGCGGCUCCCUCCCAACCUCCCCCUCCCCUUCCCUCACUCCCCUUCCCCUUCCCCACCCCGCCCCGCCGGGAAAACGCGAGCCGUCGCCGCGCUCCCCAAACCGCCGCCUGCCCUCGGCCAACCGCCCCAACGGCCGCCCGCGCGCGGCUGCCCGCGCCCCCCUCGCUCCUCCCCUUAGGCCCCUCCGGGAGCUGGGGGUGCUUUCCUCGUCUCCGCCUCGCGCUCUCCCACCUCGCAGGCACGCCGGUGGGCUCUGCCGCCAUGCCCCAGCCACAGGCUGCUCCCGGGCCUAGGCGCGGCGGCCCGAGAUAGGGUCCCCUGAGCUUCCCGGGGGAGGAGAGGGAGCCAGCCGCGCGCUCCGCCCCCUCCCCCCGGGCUGUCGCCGCCACCGCCGCCGCCGCCACCUCGCCGCCUCAGCCUGGCGGGGAGGAGCAGCAGCAGGCCUCCGGGCCCCGGCACCGCCGCCCGCAGAUGGUCCCUGGAUUAUGACUGUCACUUGCUCUGAAGGCAUGUUUCCUCCCUCAACCACAUGAUCCCAAUCAAAGACAUUUGUGAUUCAUUUGCAUCCCUGAAGAGCAUCUGUAGAAGAGGAAGGAGAAGAUGGGUGUGAAAACAUUUACUCAUAGCUCCUCUUCCCACAGCCAGGAAAUGCUUGGAAAACUAAAUAUGCUGCGAAAUGAUGGACAUUUUUGUGAUAUUACUAUUCGUGUCCAGGACAAAAUCUUCCGGGCACAUAAGGUGGUACUAGCAGCUUGCAGUGAUUUCUUUCGCACCAAACUUGUAGGCCAAGCAGAGGAUGAGAACAAGAAUGUGUUGGAUCUGCAUCAUGUUACAGUGACUGGCUUUAUACCCCUUUUAGAAUAUGCUUACACAGCUACUCUUUCAAUUAACACAGAAAAUAUUAUUGAUGUUCUAGCUGCAGCCAGCUAUAUGCAAAUGUUUAGUGUUGCUAGCACCUGCUCAGAGUUCAUGAAGUCAAGUAUUUUGUGGAAUACACCCAAUAGCCAACCAGAAAAGAGUCUAGAUGCUGGACAAGAAAGUAAUUCUAACUGCAAUUUUACUUCUCGAGAUGGAAGCAUUUCCCCCGUGUCUUCAGAGUGCAGUGUGGUGGAAAGAACCAUUCCUGUCUGCAGAGAGUCCCGGAGAAAACGCAAAAGCUACAUUGUUAUGUCUCCUGAGAGUCCUGUAAAGUGUAGCACACAAACAAGUUCACCCCAGGUAUUAAACUCUUCAGCUUCCUACACAGAAAACAGGAAUCAACCAGUUGACUCUUCAUUAGCUUUUCCCUGGACUUUUCCUUUUGGAAUUGAUCGAAGGAUUCAACCUGAAAAGGCUAAGCAAGCAGAAAAUACCCGGACUUUAGAGUUACCUGGCCCAUCUGAGGCAGGUAGAAGAAUGGCUGAUUAUGUGACUUGUGAAAGCACAAAAACUACCCUUCCUCUGGGUUCCGAAGAAGAUGUCCGGGUCAAAGUAGAAAGGUUAAGUGAUGAGGAGGUCCAUGAAGAAGUGUCCCAGCCUGUCAGUGCAUCUCAGAGUUCACUGAGUGAUCAGCAGACAGUGCCAGGAAGUGAACAAGUCCAAGAGGACCUUCUGAUUAGUCCACAGUCUUCCUCUAUAGGCUCAGUAGACGAAGGCGUUACCGAGGGGUUGCCUACACUUCAAAGCACUUCUAGCACUAAUACUCAUGCGGAUGAUGAUGAUCGAUUGGAAAGUGUUCAGUAUCCCUACCAACUCUACAUUGCUCCUUCUACCAGCAGUACAGAACGACCAAGUCCAAAUGGUCCCGACAGACCUUUUCAGUGUCCAACCUGUGGGGUGCGAUUCACCCGUAUUCAGAACUUAAAACAGCACAUGCUCAUCCACUCAGGAAUUAAACCAUUUCAGUGUGACCGCUGUGGGAAAAAGUUCACCAGGGCUUACUCGCUAAAGAUGCAUCGCCUAAAGCAUGAAGGUAAACGCUGUUUCCGGUGCCAGAUAUGUAGUGCCACUUUCACUUCCUUCGGGGAAUAUAAACACCAUAUGAGGGUUUCCCGGCACAUUAUCCGCAAGCCUCGGAUUUACGAGUGCAAAACAUGUGGCGCCAUGUUCACCAACUCUGGAAAUUUAAUCGUGCACCUGAGGAGUCUGAACCAUGAAGCAUCAGAGCUAGCAAACUACUUCCAGAGCAGUGAUUUCCUAGUACCGGACUACUUAAACCAGGAACAAGAAGAGACCCUUGUUCAGUAUGAUCUUGGAGAACACGGUUUUGAAAGCAACUCCUCUGUUCAAAUGCCUGUAAUUUCGCAGGUCUCCUCAACCCAGAAUUGUGAAAGCACUUUUCCCUUGGGGUCUCUUGGUGGGCUGGCAGAGAAGGAGGAAGAAGUGCCAGAGCAGCCAAAGACCAGUGCUUGUACUGAGGCUACCAGAGAUGACCCCCCAAAAGCAGAGCUGUCUUCUAUAACUAUUGAGUAAUUUUGUGAUUUGGCUUCAUUUUUGGUUUUUGGAAAGUGCCUGUGCUUGGUCUUGUACAUUUAAAGUUAAUUUAAUUUUUAAACAAGAAAGGGUUUGGGAAAGAACUUCCCUUUUCACUUUGUAAGCCCUGUGACUAACGUUUUAUUUUUCAUAACAGAGAUUGCUUCUGUAAGUACACAGCAACAUGAUGUUGAAACAGAAUAGGAACUGUGAGACUUAUGGAGAACCUGUUGACUUAAAAUAUAUACCAGUUUUUCCUUCCAUUGUUAAAAGUAGGCUGACAACAGAUCAUUAGGUAAAGAAGAAAUCAGAUGACUAUUGAUCUUCCUCAGAUGAAAGGGUACUUGAGAAAUUGCUAAACAGAAUUUGACAAAUGGCUCAAGUAGUUGUUUACUCCUAUACACAGGACGUUGUAAAGCCUGUUGUUUUGGAAGUAUUUAUGGUAAGCUUUCUUAAAAAUUAUUAAGGUAAAUACUUUUUAAAUCCAGCAUACUCUUUUUUUUUUUAAGCUUUGUCACUUCUAUUAUGAUUUUUCAUGGUGAAGAUUUGGUAUUAUUUAGGCAUUCUCUGUACCUUUAUAGUAUCACUCCAAAGGCAAAGAACCAUGAUUGAGAAAAGUCAGGCUAUCAGGAAUGUAGGAUGAAGCAUGUAAAUCCCCGCUUCAUAGAAACUAUUUUAAUACUGCUUUUCUAACUAAAAUUGAUGUUUACCUGGUUUUUGAAUGUUAAUGCCUGGCUAACUAGGUCAUUGCCCCAGUUUUCCCCUUGCCCCAUCAAAAAUACUUUCUCUUGCAUAUACUGGUAUGCUACCAUAUAAAGGAAAAAUAUUGGAGAUAUUCUAUGUUUUAUAUAUAGGUUUAUGUAUUGGUGGGGAUGUUUUUACUGUGCUGUUUUGGACAAAAUAAAGAAUUCUGUGUUGAGACUAUGUUCUUAACCCAACUAAGAGUGUUUACAAAGCCCCAUAUGAUAGUGAAAUAUCCUCCUUGUUCCAAAAUAUUUUUAGACAUCACCAAGUUUAUUUAGAGCAAUUACUAGUUUUUACACAAUGUAAGCAAUAAUAUAAAAGAUGAGAAGAGGCUAUACAGUGAUCACCUAUGACUCAUAAAUCUGGGGAGUGGGGAAAAAAUUAAUACUAACAAAAAAGCUAAAAACCUUAAAUAAUAUCACCUUUUUUGCUGCUAAAAAAUGAAAUUUAUAUGAUGCUCUAGGCUGAGGUAUACUUUUCAUCUGGUGCCAUUAAAGUAUCUCAGACUGAUCUAAAAUAUUAAUGGGUCCAUGCCUAAUGAACUUUUGUGUAACUUUUUUCCCACAUCUAAAAUGUUCAAAGUUUAAUAUGAAAACACCUGAUUGGAUUAUAAAAGAGAAAUAAAUUAUAGUCAGGAUUUUGGGGUUUUUUUUUUGGGUUUGGGGGAAUUUUUUUGGUACUGGUGAUUGAAUCCUUGCAUAUGCUAAUAAGCACAUGCUCGUCCACUGAGCUACACCCUCCAGCCCUUAUUUCCAAAUCUCUACUUAUGAAACUGGGUUUUACCCAUUUUCAACCAAACACAGGCAUAUUACCUUCAUGAAAUCAGCAUAUGUAGGUUAUAAUGGGCUUCCACCAUUUAUGUUUCUCUACUAAUAGAAGCUGAAUUACUCUCCGCAACAGACCGUGAUACUCUUAUGAUAGUACUGUGUCUCAACUAGAAAGGUCAGCGGUUUUUGAUAUCAUGUAGUCUUUGAAAACUGCCCACCAAUAAAUAAUAUUAAAUUUAAGCUCAAAAUUCUACAAAAGUAAAAUUAUGACCAGGAAUCAUAAGAAAAAGAAAAGGAGGGAAGUAAGAAUGAAGAAAUGUGUAGAUUCAUUGGUUGAAAAUAUUGUAGCACAUCCCCUAUCCUAAGAAUGCUACAUGGAGUGCCCUGCCCAAACUGGCAGCUCCAAGGUAUUCUUACUGUGCUCACAGUAAAGAAUUAUUGCUGGGGAUUCUUUCCCAGAUGGAAAUUUUAGAUGUCAUUGUUUCAUUACAAAUUGUUAUGUAUUUCCCAGUUUUAUUGAAAUUUGAAUAUACUAUGAGAAAACGUAUCUGGUUAGUUGUCUACUACCCAGACCUUACCAAUACAGGUAACUGCUCAUUAUUUAACAUAAAAUGAUACAAAGGCCUUUUUCUAUUUCAGUGAGGCUCUGCUUUUUUCUUGAUACAUAGUGUAAUGAUGUUUCAUUUAUGAAUCUAUUUUACAAAACAAAGCUGCAAAGGAUAAUUAUAUAGUAGUAGUUAGAUUUAUUUUAAAAUCAUUUUAAGAGAGGAAUGCCUGGAUGUACAAUUUUUACCAGAACUUAUGAAAACCAUUGCAAAGAAAUGAAAGCCAGUUAUAUUGCUUCAUCCAUAGAAAUUACCAGCAUAACAAAACAUAAAAUAUUCCAGUUCAGGAUAUUUAACCAUAAGGUAUCUUUCUCAAGGCCGAAGAGGGUAACUUUGUGAUAUUUAAGGGCUUACAUUUUAGAAUGCAAGGUAAAUUGCCUUUUUAAAACGAAGCAUUUUAUACAAGAUAAGCUUUUAUUUUCAAUUUUUUAACUACCAAAUUGUUGUGACAUACUUUAGAAGUUAAGAAAGGUAUUCAUCCAUGAUAAAGGAUAUUGUAGCUCCUAUAUUCAUUCUCAUUUCUGAAGGUAUAUUCUAACAAUCGAAACAUCUAGCAUGUCAGCAAUUCUGCUAAUUCAGAAACAAAGAACUGAUACUGGGUUUUGGGUUUGUUUUUUGUUUUGUUUUUUGUUUUUUUUUUUUAAUUUUCUACAAAUGGAUGCAGAUGGAGGUUAUCAUCCACAACUUUUAAAACAGAUUUUUCUUAAAGUUUGCAAUUUCACGUAGGAAAAAUAUACUGUUUAACCUCAUUCAUUCAUAUAUUUUAAAAUUUCAACAACCAUUCUAGUUUACAAUAAUUAGGUUUCGUGUUAUGACACAUACCUUUUUUUAAAAAACAAACCAAAAAAAAAAGCCUUCCGUUUUUUGUUAAAAUAUUUUACCAAAUGGGAUGAGCUAGUUCACAUAUCUGAGUACUUAAAUCAUUGGUAACACAUUUGCCCUCUAACUACUGAGCCAGACUCUCCUAGUCUACAAAUGGUUCCCUGAGAACCUUUAGAAGCUUUGUUAAAUAUUUCAGUCUUUUCUCUCUUCUUAUUUUAUUCUCUUAUAUUUGUGUAACUAGUCACUAGUUUAGUGACUUUUAUUUAAAAGUUUCUCAAAUUGUUUUAGACUCAGUUUUGUUGUCCCUGAAAAAUACAUUACUGUAUGGUAUAAUGGCAAUUCUGUACUAUUAUACCACAGAGAGAUAAUUAUUACCUAAUGAAUGAACAGUUCUAAAAUUUUUACAUCUUCACUGAAAGGAGUUUGAAAUAGUAAAGUUCACAUCUAGAAGGAACAAGCCCCCAACUUGCUAAAAGGAAAUAAAUGUGGUUUUCACUAUAAAUUAUCAACAUAAAAUGCUUUAUUUAUAAUAUAUUUAGAUUUUAAAAGUUAUUGAGAAGAGACUAUAUAGAAACUAGAUUUUCUUUCUGAAGCAGUACAAAACAGGGAAGCUCUAUUGCGUUGAACAUGUCUGAGGAGUAUUUAUAGACAAGCAUAUUCAUAGGCUUAAGGUUGUCAAAAUUUAAGUUUUCUUAUUUUGUUUAUGCCCAUUUUUAUUUUUGCUUGAUACAAUGUGGUGAUAUAGGGUAUAUUUAUUUAAAAAGUCCUCAGCAAGACAAAUUAACCAAAAACAAUAAUGAGUUGAAAUUGAACCCAGUCCUCAGAUUUAGCUAAAGAAUGCUCUGUUGACCUUAGAUUACAGAUAUGUUGAGAUUUUUGUCAUUAUAUUUAUGGGGAAUUAAACCCUAUGUCAGGUGGGGAAUGAAGACAAUAUCAAUUUCCAUCAGGAGUCACGGUCUUAUUUUUAUCAUAGAAAAUUCUGUGUUUUUAAAAACAGUCUCUUCAAUGAUUUCAGACAAUGUUAUUGGAAUCUGUUUGGCAAUAUCUGAAAAAUUAGACUGCUUCAAAGUGUUUGUGCUACUUUAGUUGAGGUCCCUCUGUACAGGACCCAGACAAGUUCAAACCAUGGAUUGAAAACAAAAACUUUUUUUAAAAAAUUAAAAUAAUUUUUUUUAUUUCAGUUUGAAGUGCCUGGUUUAUAAAAUCAAAUUCUUUAUUUCCUUUCUCUUUCAAAUGGACUAAGUAUGCUGAUCAGGCCUAAAACCCUGGGCUCAGCUGUGAUGAUUUGAUGUAGUUGCUGCUUAAUUAUUUGAGGAGCUAGUGUCAUGACUUUUAUUAAACUGUACUUGUUUUCCAAAUACUAGCCUGACCAUACCGAGAUUUUAUUUAGUUAAACAUGUUGAAAAAUCAUCUUGUAAAUGAAAGCUUAGGUUGUGAAAGUCCACUACCUGCAAAAGGACAAAUCUUACCUGCUCCAAGAGAAGCCUGUCAUCUCUGAAUACACAUCGAGUCUUUGGUAUUAGUGAAGGCUGUGUUCACUUCAAGAUGGAAGCCUUUCGUGCAGUUCUUAGAAACACUUGCUUUCCAGAGAGAACCUUUCUGAGUAUUCUCUAGAUUUUUUUUGUUUGAAGUAUCAAUUUAAUUUUCAAGUUGACAGAUGCUAUGUAAAGUCUCUCAUACUGAGAGUAGUCCAUUAAAUUUUUGAAAGUUGCACUGCUUUUCAUCUUUCAGGUACCUGAAAUAAAUGACAUCAGGUAUUUGGAAGGAGUAAGAUCAUUAACCUUAUUAUCUUCCUUGUACAAAGUGAUGGCUUCUAAUUCUUCUAUUUCAAGAUAUUUUUUAGGAAAACAACCCCUGAUAGAGUAAAAUUUGGUUUUGAUUCAAGUUCCCAAUAAUAUAUUUAAUUUUUCUGUUGUUACUGGUGCCUCCUGUUGCAUCAGAUAGAGAUUGCCUGCCUCUUUGUAGGGCACCCUUGUGGCACCUUAUGUCUGACUUGGAGGAUAGUAUAUGGCUUCUUUGUGCCACUACUGUCUUUUCAAAAGCCAUUUUAUAAAAAUCCUAGGUAGCCUAUUUUAAUAUUUAAAUAUAUAUAUUUGUGAAAGAUACUUUUAGAACAGACUUUUUUUUUACUUUAAAAUUCCUGUACUCCCAUUUUUAAGAGUAAAUUUAAGCUUUUCCGGGAUUAGGAAGUGUCUUUUUCCAGAGCAGCAUAAUGAGAAAGUUUGAAGUAACAGACCAGGAUUCAGUGAUAAAAGAAACAUAUCUGGUUAAGGGGGACAGAUUUGAAGGGGGGAAAUUGCUUUGCUGUAACAAAUGGAUUUUUAAAUAAAAUUGUGUUUUUGUUUGUGUGAUUUCAUAUUUGCUGCUAUAGUAGCUCAAUAUAUUACAGGGCUAACACAUAAACCUGGCUCCAUCUAAAAACUGAAGUCUUUUCUAGUGCAAACUGCCUAGGAGGAGACUGUACCACAGUCUUCCAGAGGGUGACUGAUUGCUCUGUGUAACUGAUGCAUGCUUUAAUAUUUGUCUAUAACUCGACAGCAAGGAAGUCUUGGGAAAACUUUUACCCUGCUGUCUAUAACAUGAUUCUAGGGGGGCACUGGCAUCUUGUGAAACCCUCAAGGAAGGGUAAUGCUGGGGAGAAAAUGUGAAUUAAUUACAUAGAAUGGUGUCUUUAUGUUCUCCACUCCUCUCCUAGAACCAGUACAACUCUUCAACUGUGCCAGUCCCUGAUUCACCAGCUUGUAUCCAGUUGUCAUCUCAUUCAAGUAUGGCUUUACUUGGUGACAGUGGCCAUAGCUAAGUUACUUGGCAUGUUUGACUUUUGACAAUAACAAAAAUGAUUUUGGAUUUUGUUUCAUUUCCUAAAAAUGUAUACAAUGUCAGAGCUUCACAUUUUAUAUACUAGUAUCUGGCUAAUUAGUAUUUUACAGGAACCAUAGUUCUUGGUGACUACAUAUAUAUAUAUAUUUUUUUGUGACUUUUUUGUAAACUAAGUGCCGUUUCAACGUUACAAUCAUUUUUAGAGUUAUUGUAAUCAAUGUGAAUAUCAUGUUUUUUCAAAUCUGUUCUGAGCCUAUAGUGUUUGCUUUGUGAACAUAUGUGUAUUGUAUAUAUCCUGUAUAGUUACAUUGUACUGAAAUAUUAGCUUGUUUGAUAUAAGGAAAGUAAGUAUUGAGUACCUUUUUGCUAGCCUGAUUGUUUAAUCUUUUUAAAAAAGGUUUAAACUUUAAAAAAAAAAAAUCUUCAAACUGGCCUUUAUUACAUGGUCACAAACAAACUUGCAGUUAGAAAGGAUG